CACUCAACUCACAAUCAACCUCCUCACUCAACCUCACAAUCAACCUCACACUCAACCUCACAAUCAACCCCCACAACCUCACAACCUCACAAUCAACCUCAAUCAACCUCUCACUCAACCUCUCACUCAACCUCACAAUCAACCUCCACUCAACCUCUCACCAACCUCACAAUCAACCUCUCCAAUCAACUCACACUCAACGAGAGAGAGAGAGAGAGAGAGAGAGAGAUAAACAGAGAGAGAGAG